UGGCGGUAGCUACACAAACGAAGCACAUUUCGGUGCUGGAUCCGAACCAACAUGGAUGGACGAUGUGGAAUGUUCUGGACAGGAAUCUAAACUCAGAGAUUGCGAAUUUCCAGGAUGGCAGAUAGAAAAUUGUGACCAUGGCGAGGAUGCUGGUGUAGUUUGUAUUCCACCAGUAGAAGGAUCUCUACGACUAGUCAAUGGUGCGACCCAGUAUGAGGGUCGUAUAGAAAUCUACCAUGAUGGCCGCUGGGGGACGGUAUGUGACGACAGCUGGGACGACUCAGAUGCCAGGGUUGUUUGUAGACAGCUCGGAUAUCUUGGCGGUAGCUACACAAACGAAGCACAUUUCGGUGCUGGAUCCGAACCAACAUGGAUGGACGAUGUGGAAUGUUCUGGACAGGAAUCUAAACUCAGAGAUUGCGAAUUUCCAGGAUGGCAGAUAGAAAAUUGUGACCAUGGCGAGGAUGCUGGUGUAGUUUGUAUUCCACCAGUAGAAGGAUCUCUACGACUAGUCAAUGGUGCGACCCAGUAUGAGGGUCGUAUAGAAAUCUACCAUGAUGGCCGCUGGGGGACGGUAUGUGACGACAGCUGGGACGACUCAGAUGCCAGGGUUGUUUGUAGACAGCUCGGAUAUCUAUAUAUAGCAUAUUACAAUGGCAUUGUUUACAUAUAUUAUACCUCAUACAGCGGAGGUAGCUUCACAAACCAAGCACAUUUCGGUGCUGGAUCCGAACCAACAUGGAUGGACGAUGUGGAAUGUUCUGGACAGGAAUCUAAACUCAGAGAUUGCGAAUUUCCAGGAUGGCAGAUAGAAAAUUGUGACCAUGGCGAGGAUGCUGGUGUAGUUUGUAUUCCACCUGUAGAAGGAUCUCUACGACUAGUCAAUGGUGCGACCCAGUAUGAGGGUCGUAUAGAAAUCUACCAUGAUGGCCGCUGGGGGACGGUAUGUGACGACAGCUGGGACAACUCAGAUGCCAGGGUUGUUUGUAGACAGCUCGGAUAUCUAUAUAUAGCAUAUUACAAUGGCAUUGUUUACAUAUAUUAUACCUCAUACAGCGGAGGUAGCUUCACAAACCAAGCACAUUUCGGUGCUGGAUCCGAACCAACAUGGAUGGACGAUGUGGAAUGUUCUGGACAGGAAUCUAAACUCAGAGAUUGCGAAUUUCCAGGAUGGCAGAUAGAAAAUUGUGGCCAUGUCGAGGAUGUUGGUGUAGUUUGUAUUCCACUUGUAGAAGGAUCUCUACGACUAGUCAAUGGUGCGACCCAGUAUGAGGGUCGUAUAGAAAUCUACCAUGAUGGCCGCUGGGGGACGGUAUGUGACGACAGCUGGGACGACUCAGAUGCCAGGGUUGUUUGUAGACAGCUCGGAUAUCUAUAUAUAGCAUAUUACAAUGGCAUUGUUUACAUAUAUUAUACCUCAUACAGCGGAGGUAGCUUCACAAACCAAGCACAUUUCGGUGCUGGAUCCGAACCAACAUGGAUGGACGAUGUGGAAUGUUCUGGACAGGAAUCUAAACUCAGAGAUUGCGAAUUUCCAGGAUGGCAGAUAGAAGAUUGUGGCCAUGUCGAGGAUGUUGGUGUAGUUUGUAUUCCACUUGUAGAAGGAUCUCUACGACUAGUCAAUGGUUCGACCCAGUAUGAGGGUCGUAUAGAAAUCUACCAUGAUGGCCGCUGGGGGACGGUAUGUGACGACAGCUGGGACGACUCAGAUGCCAGGGUUGUUUGUAGACAGCUCGGAUAUCUUGGAGGCAGUUACACACGGGAAGCACAAUUCGGUGCUGGAUCCGAACCAACAUGGAUGGACGAUGUGGAAUGUUCUGGAGACGAAUAUAGACUGGAGGGUUGCACCUUUCCGGGAUGGGGAACAGAAAAUUGUGGUCAUGAUGAAGAUGCUGGUGUUGUUUGUCUUCCUCCAGCAGAUGGUAACUGAUUUUCCCAUCAAAGUAUAUCAAUUUCACAAAAUUUUAUUCUAUAAAGAAAAGGAUUUAACAACAGGCAUAUGCCUAUAUAAGUUAUCUCCUUGUAACAAAGUGUAUAUACAUAUAUAAUUAUAUAAAAUUGCUAAUUUAAUAGAAUUAAGUAAUUCCAAUGCAAUAAAGAUAUUACUUAAUACAUAUAUAAUAUAAUAUGGUAUGAAUAUGUAAUUUGAGUAG